GUGCAGUCUUCGGAGAUAUUUAUGUCCCAAAGCGCAUCAAAAACUAAAACAACACACUCAGGAAGCUUUGUUGUCAGAAUGGAAGUUGAUGAAUCGGCGGUACCUCCACUCUCAGAGCUCGUGCUGGCUCUUGAACAAGCAACCCUAAUGCUCAAACAGCGCCGCGCCACCGCCGACGCUGCCCACCUCCACCAAACCUACUCCUCUCUCUACGCCGCCCACCUCCAGCUCUCCUCCUUCCUCUCCCGCACCCCGCCUCCUCCUCCUCCUCCUCCUCCGCCGCCGCCUCUCGCCGCUGAGAACUCUGUCUCCUCCGCCAUCGGCCACGGCGAAAAUAUCGACAAAGCUAACUCCCCAAUGCAAGAGGGCGAUGACGACGGCGAACAGAGCUCCAAGAAUACCAUCGAGAAGGUUGAGGAGCGGAUGAAGGAUUGUUUUAUUCAGAACAAGAGGCCCAAACGGCCGCUGUCGCCCUCGGCCAAGCAGCAGCGUUCAAACGAUUGCGAGUUCAGGGGUUCCCCAGAGUACGAUCCCCAGAGGACGAGGUUGAGGUCUUUAGAUCUGAUUUUUCAAUUUCAUGGUUGAUGCUUCUUGUUUGUAAAUAUCAUAACAUAAGCAGCAGUUCAAAGAAAUCCCAACACUGAAUUAUCUCAAGAGCUACUGCCCUGGCUUAUGGGCGAUUUGGGUUGCGUCUUAUAUAUAUAUAUAUUUCCCUUCAUUUUUGGUCUGCCAUAUCAUGAAGCUGAGGCAAUUCGGGAGGCAGGGAAGAAGAAUGGGUAAUUUGUGGAUUUGCGGGGGGGCGGUGGUGGUGAUAUUUGGCUGUUGUAUUUUGUUGAUUAGUCUGUAAUUUACAGAACAGGAGGAACUUGUUGAAUGAGCAGAGAAAUAAUUUUUUAUUCCGACCAA